CACUGUAAAGACUUGACUGCACCUCUCGGAGUGUGUGUGAAUUUACUGCUGCUGCUUUGACACAUCUGUACUUCAGAUUCCAGAAACAAAGGAUGAUGAUGGCUUCCUUCACAUGCAAGAUACUGACUCUGUUCUUCAUCAUUUGUCUGACUCUACAAGAUGGUUGUGGACUCCCAUUAUCAGCCCAGGCAGAGCUGCCAACUCAGGCUUCAAAUCAACACCGUGUCAGGACCAAACGCUGCUCCUGCAACAGCUGGGAUGAUAAAGAAUGCAUCUACUUCUGUCACCUGGAUAUUAUCUGGGUUAACACGCCAAGUAAACUCAUUCCUUACGGUCUGGGAAGUCCCUUGUCUCGUCGCCGCCGUUCAACCGAGCGUUGCGAAUGUGCCAACACAGCCGACAAAAUCUGCUCCAACUUCUGCCAUAAAAGCUCAGAGAAUACUAAAGAUGAUGUCGUGAGCCCAUCGAUACAAUCUACAAACACAAACAGCAACAAAUUGCUGACAUCUCUCAGAUCCGUGGUCAACUCCAACAUGGCAAUUGCAAACACGAUUCUGUCAUCCAAGGAGAACCUGGCUGGAGUCAACAGACUAAAGAGUCGAACAAGGAGGUAGAGGGCUGAGUGACGAUGAGAAGCAGUUCAACCUGUACAAGAGUUUGGAGACUCCUCCAGCUGCCUUCAAUGUCAGCACCUCAGUUCUUGAAAAAUAUCAAGACCGUGACCAAUGUAGGGUUGCAGAAGUGGAAAGAUGAAAGGCAAAGCAGUCAGCGGAUCAAGCAUUUGAUUGACGUGAUGGCUUCGGAAGACCGACAACCCCA